GCAGCAAAUGCAAUCCUGUAAAUGUUUGCUCAGAAGUUUUUGCUAACUGUUGUUGUUUUCUUCUCUUUAAAUACACUGUAUAUUACACAGGAAGCAGCUGGGUAAUUGUGCAGCUAUCCAGUCAUGAAGAAAGCCAGUGUGAUUAAUCUUGAUGCACUUUUAGAGGGCUUUUUACAUAUAGAAAAGAAAAUAUCAGGGCUACAUGGAAAAAAUUAUAUUCUGAAUCUUCAGUUAGAUGAAACAAACAGGUUACUGACAGCAAGCCAAAUGAAGGAAGAGUCAGCUAAAGAAGAAUGUGCUACACUCCAAAAUGUGAUUAAAGGUCUCCAACAAACUAUAGAAAACCAGUAUAAUUUGAGAGAUGAAAGUGAGAGACUGAACACAGUUCAUAAUUUAGAAGAGAAACUAAAAUCCCAUGAACAAGAACAUAAAAAUAUGGUUGAUAGACACAUGAGAGUUGAAAAGAAGGAGGAGGAACACAAGCUUGAACAAAAGAAGCUGCACUAUGACGUGAAUAAAAAAUUUGAAGCCAUGGAGAAAGAGCACAAACUACUAAUAGAGAAAAAAGAUAUGGAGAUUUUAGAAUUAACUGAACAACUCAGAGCACAAGAAAAAGAAAAACAGGAUGAGAUAAUCAAAUUGCAAAUAGAGUUCAAUGCUGAAUUGGUAAGCUUCAGACCAAAAAUGCCCAAGUCCUAUCCAAAUCCCCCUUCACUGCCUCAAAACAUUUACAGAAGGAAGCUUCAGCAUCUUCAAGAAGAGAAGAAUAAGGAAAUUGAAGUUCUCCGCAAUACCAUAAGAAACUGGGAACAGAGGCUUGGCAAAGGUGAAGGUUUCCAUUUCAAAUGUUGACAGUUUGAGAAUUACAUGAAAACACAAGUGGCUGUUAGGAAGUGUAACUGACAAGUGUCACACAAGGUUAAUUGCUUCUUUUGGUUUAUUAAAAGUUCUCUUAUCCAUCGUCAACAAACAUGCUUUCCAGUUAUAUUCUUAACUACUUCAUGCUUAACAAGUGUUCACCAUAAAAAAAAUUCAAGUUUGCAGGGCAGUGACUUUCCCUAUGAAACCAUCAUGAACUACAGCAAGCACCAUCUAAGCAGUUUCUGUGUUGAACAUUUUCUUUCGUGCCUAAAUCCUCCACACACAAACACUAAAAAAUUCAUUUCAGAAAGACAAGGUGUUAACAAUGAGACAUACUAUUUAGCUAAAGAGAAACAU